AUGUAGGCUAAAGCGACAACUUGCAAGGAAGCUAUUCAAAGAUGGGAGGAGAAAACAGGAUUAGUCGCGAGCGAGCAAAAAGAAAUAAUUUUAUCCUUCCAAUGGCCUCCAAUCGAAAGAAUGGAUAAUAAUUUGGCUUCAUUGAUCAAUGUCGAAAAAUUAUCUUUGUCGACAAAUAUGAUAGAAAAGAUCAGUGGCAUUAAUUCGUUGAAACAUUUGAGGAUCUUAUCCUUGAGUAGAAAUAAUAUCAAAACAUUCUCGGGAUUAGAGGCGAUUGGAGACCAUUUGGAGGAAUUAUGGAUAUCUUAUAAUUUGAUUGAAAAGAUCAAAGGUGUCAAUGCUCUUAAAGCACUCAAAGUCUUGUACAUGAGCAAUAAUCUGGUGAAAGAUUGGGCGGAAUUUAAUCGUUUCCAAGAAAUACCCAAUCUACAAGAUUUGUUAUUCAUUAACAAUCCUAUCUGCGAAAAUAUGGACGCGGAAUCGUGGCGCGCUCAAGUUAUAAAACGAUUGCCUACUUUGAAAAAACUUGAUGCGAUACCAAUUGUGUAUGCCACAUAUUAUCUUCUUUCAUUUUAUACCAUUUUUAAUAGAUAUUGCAAAGCUUUUCUUUCUCUUCUAGUCAUGCAGUUGAAGAUUAAACUAAACUAUUGAAAUAUAGUAGAGAAUGUUACCCGGAAUAAAUUUGCUCCUUGAUUAAAAUAAUAUAAAAUUUAUAUUUACACGAUGCGAGUUGGUUGAACAAUAAAAUCUUUGUUACACCAGCAAUUGUGGAAAGUUUUGUUAUCUGGCCAUUUUUCAAAUAUACUUUGAUGAUACAUCUAAUUUAACACAAGUUCAAUAGUUCUCAACUUUCAUGUCGUUGAGUCCAAGUUCUUCAUUCUGCUCAAAACUUCUAUCAUAUUUCUUGAUAUUUAAUCUAUCAUCGGGCCCAUCAUCGGAGAGGCUUUGCACAUAGCUAUUUCCAGCCGGGUCAUCUAAAACUAGAGUCACUUUUCUUUCACCAUCCAAAACCUCUUGCAAAUGAGCGAUAAAUGUGUUCAUUCUCUUCCCAGUUUCCAAAUCACUGCUAUCUCCAGUGAGAGCUGUAGAUGAAGAUAACUGUUCCUUUACCGCUGUUAUAAUCCCUUCGACAGUCGUGAAUCGACCGCCCAGAGCAGCCGGACCAACUUCUAACUCGAGUUCGGGUAUCUCCAUGUCGCAAGUUUCAGAUUUUAAUAAAUCGCGACUGAAGUCUUCCUUGCCUGUUAUCGUCACUUCGAUUCUGACUCCCUGAGGUUCGAUUCCACCGCCACUUUUCACCUCGUUAGUUCUAUGACUACAAGUCUCGCACAAUGUUGCCAUUAUGACAACCUCUUUAAAGUGCGGUAUAUCUUAACAUUGUA